AUGGAGAAGUGCCUAGAGGGACUCAACUUGAAGAUCUGCCUUAUAUACAUAGAUGACCUCAUCAUAUUUUCCCGGACAUACGAGGAGCAUGUGGAGAGGCUGGAGCUCGUCUUUAGAAGAUUACAAGAAUGUGGAUUGAAGCUCGCCCCACAGAAAUGCAAGUUCUUUAAGAGAAAGGUGAGGUACGUUGGAUAUAUUGUGUCUGCUGAGGGGAUUGAAGCUGAUCCAGAGAAGAUAGACAAGAUUCAGCACUGGCCAACACCAUCUACUCCAGAAGACAUCCGGAAAUUCUUGGGAUUUGCUGGAUACUAUCGGAAAUUCGUCCAGGACUUCUCUAAGAUCGCCAGACCCCUCUCAGAACUUAUGCCGAAGUGUGCCACCAAGAAGUCGAGGUCUAAGACAUCCCAAACUGCUUGGAACUGGGGUCCUGCUCAAGAAGAAGCUUUCCAGGAGUUGAAGAACAGACUUUCAUCACCUCCAGUCCUUGGGUUUGCUGACUUUUCAAGACCUUUCGAGCUGCACACUGAUGCUAGAUUGGCGCGCGCUCAGCUGAAGGACACAUCCCUUGCUGUUAUUAUGGAGCAUCUGGAGAAUGCCACAAGACCUGACAGAACUCAGUUCCAAGGAGACCCAGAGAUGACUACUUUAUUGAAGACAUUUGCACAUUUGACUUUGAGGGAAGGACAUCCAGGCAGAGAUCGGACCUUAUCCCUACUCAAGGAACGUUUCUACUGGCCUGGUAUGACCAAGGAUGUAGAUGACUACCUGAAGAUAUGUGAGAGGUGUCUGAAAAGGAAGGGAAACACAUCCAUCAGAGCCCCUUUGGUGAGCAUCCAGACGUUGCAGCCUAUGGAACUGGUCUGCAUGGACUUCUUGACUCUGGAGCCAUCCAAGGGUGGUCAACAACUUCCAGUGGAUCUAGCAUUUGGACUUGACAUCCAGCCAAGCAAGCCCAAGUCACUGCAGCAGUACACAAAGUCAUUAAGAGAUCGACUCCAAGAGGCAUAUCAUCUAGCUUCACAGAACAGCAAGGAGGCACAGCAGGAUCAGAAGACCUACUUUUGA